GCGGGACAGCCGAUUGCCUAAAAACCGAGUCUGCCAACUUGGCCAACGUGAUUUCUUGAUAAGCGAUAACAUAAUCAAGGUCCAAGUUUAUUAAGAACAAGAAUAUAGGCGGGAUAGUUGACUGUACUUUUCUACAAUCUCCCUCCAUAUGAACUGUUAAUGUUGUCAAUAAUGGAGGAUAAUUUGAUAGUGGAGAAUUCAGUUGUUAAAUUACUGACUUUGUUAAGGGACAAUUCAUUAAAUUGUAACAAGACAGCUGAACAUAUAGUUAAAUCAAUAUCUACAUUCUUUGGUAAUGAACAUUCCAAGUCAGAAUUAGAUCUAGCGUUCUCUCUACUCUUCAGACCAGAAAACAGUUUAUUGUAUUUUAUCGAAAAAGGAUUCUCCAAUAAAUCUCUUACAUCUGGGGUGAAGGAAGCGCUCACAUUAGUUUUGACAUUGUUUGACAAGUUUAAAGAUAACCUACCACAGCAUAUUCUAGCUAUCAAGGAAGUCUGCUAUAAAUGUGUCCGAGACUCAAAUUCAGCUGAUCUUCAAGGGAGGGCUUAUCAGAUUAUCACAGCGAUCGUCAGAUCUAAGGUGCCACUUCCACCCGAUGCAGAUCUCAAUGUCAGUGCCUUGGUUACAUUCAUCUUUAAUCAAAAACUGGGAUGCAAAAAAUCACUUUGUCCAACAGUGUUGGGGAGUAUCUAUGAGCUGUUUGGGGCCAUUGCCCAGCACUACCCUGCCAACUGCUCUGCUAGUACAAUCAACUCAGUGCUCCGAAAUGUACUUGCAGAACUCAAAAACCAGUUGAUAACUGCAAAGGAUGUGAAGACUCCUAUAAUCGAAGGAUGUAUGAUGGCCCUCAAAGGGAUGCUUGUACACUUCACCAGAGACUACAAUGAGGAUCCUGAAAACUCUAAAGAAAUCUACUCAUAUGUCCAGAAAGUCUGUGCCUUCCAAGAAAAUACCCAUCGCAAAACGUUUCAGCGAGCUGCUCUGGAGGUAUUAACUGUCCACCUAGACCAGAUGUGGAAGUGGGCUCUGGAGGACUACAGGUGGUGGCUGAAGGAGUUGCCCAUCUGGGCGGGACGGCAAGGGCAGGACAAGUAUACAGGGAUAGAUGCCCUCCGUGCCUUCCAUCGACGCUGUUGGACUCACUUAACUCAAUGCACGGAGAGCCUAGCUGACAAGGAGAUGGCACGGUUGCUGCUGGAUCAUUACAAGCAGACGUUCACCGACCCCUGUGCCGCGGCAUACGACCUGCAGCUGGCUGUGGAGGGGUUCGGUGCCUUGGCAUCUGUCGCUAGUCGACUGAUCGAGGACCAUGACCAGAACUUUGUCACUCUAAUGUUCAGGAUCAUCCUGCAGAGAGCGCAGACAGACUAUACAAAGAGUGAGGACAACAAUACUGAGCAACUGGGCAGGUAUCUGGAGUCCCUGUCCAAUAUAUGCAGAGAGUUAAAGACUAUCAACACAGACCAGUUGGCAGCACUGCAGCAGCUGACAAGGCUCUUCAUGGCCAACUAUCCCCACAACAACAAGAGAACACAGUCCAUGGCUGUCAGUGCGCUGUGUACCACUAUUCUCAACAUGAGCCUUUGUGAGGGUCAGCUACUGGACAGGUUCCUCUAUCCAGUCAUCUAUCAGGGGAUCUUAGUUACCUGUGGACAGUGUCUGGCUGAAGAGGCAGAGCUGAGGAGAGAGGUCACAGGGCAAGAAGUGGUCACCUACCAGAACUUCUUGUCUCUCUGGACAGGCCUCUUCAGUCUAGGAUACGAGAACAGAGUCAAAAUAUCAGGAGUCACUCCUAGCUUAAGAAGACACAUUUUUGGGAAGCUGCAUGAUUGUUUGAUCAAGUCUUUGAUAGAAAUCUUAAGCAAGCUGGAUGUUGAAUACCAAAAGCAAAAUACAGAAGAGUUGGAAAUGAAAGCAGACCCCGAGAGUAGUCUUAGGGGUACCAAGCCGGAGGACCACAACAUACUGUGUAAUCUCGCCAACCUGUACAAGGACUUGCUGCGGGCGAUGGAUGGGGAACAGCUGACCAGGUGGUUGCCCGAGCUCAUCACCACCAUCAUCAACCACUCUGUGCAGCUGCCGCUAGUCAGUGGCUUCUACAAGUUACUGGCUGCUGUGCUUGGUGUGGCUGACCGCACCAACUACUUCCAGGUCUGUGUGUCGACUGCUUUUGUGUCAUUCUGGUCAUGAUUUUUGCAAGCCACCUAUUUUUUUAUACUUUUAAAUCACAUUAUGAUUGGUUAACACUCUAAUCGGUAUCUACUAUGUAUACGUGGUGUGGGGACAACUCUGAAAAUAUGG